UUAUUUGCGUACUAACGAUUGUGUUUGCAUAAACAUUUAUAUUGUGUAAACAUUUACAGAAACGUACUUAUUUUUUAAGAUAAAAAUGAGCAAUUUUAGAAUAGAAAAAGACACAUUUGGGGAGCUGAAAGUACCUGCAGACAAGUAUUAUGGGGCACAAACAGCUCGAUCUAUAAUCAAUUUCCCAAUUGGCGGUAGUCCAGAAAGAAUGCCAUAUCCAGUCAUUACAGCCAUGGGAACAUUGAAGAAAGCAGCUGCAUUAGUUAAUAAAGAAUAUGGAUUAGAUCCUAAAAUAGCCGAUGCAAUAGCAAAAGCUGCCGAUGACGUUAUCAGCGGGAAACUUUACGACGAUCAUUUCCCUCUGGUUAUUUGGCAGACAGGUUCCGGUACGCAGACUAACAUGAAUACCAAUGAGGUAAUAAGUAAUCGAGCCAUAGAAAUUUUGGGAGGAAAACUUGGUUCCAAAGAUCCUGUUCAUCCCAACGAUCACGUGAACAAAAGCCAGAGCAGUAACGAUACUUUUCCCGGUGCUAUGCACAUAGCUGUAGCCCUCGAAAUCCAUAAUCUCUUAUUACCAAACUUGAAAUUGUUACGUGAUAGUUUGCAGGCAAAAGCAGACGAGUUUAAGGACAUCAUCAAAAUAGGGAGGACACAUACCCAGGACGCUGUACCGCUGACCCUUGGACAGGAGUUUAGUGGUUACGUCCAGCAGGUGGCUUUCGGAAUAGAUCGGGUAAAUGCAACUUUACCCCGUCUCUAUAUGUUGGCCCUAGGUGGUACCGCUGUUGGCACAGGUCUUAACACAAGAAAAGGGUUUGCCGAAAAAGUCGCAGCCAAAAUAGCUGAAUUAACAAACCUACCGUUUGUGACGGCGCCCAACAAAUUCGAAGCACUUGCCGCCCACGACUCGAUGGUGGAGGUUUCCGGAGCUCUCAACGUUAUCGCCUGUUCCAUUAUGAAAAUAGCUAAUGAUAUAAGAUUUUUGGGUUCAGGUCCACGUUGUGGUCUGGGUGAACUUUCACUGCCUGAAAAUGAACCUGGCAGUUCUAUAAUGCCUGGUAAGGUCAACCCAACGCAAUGUGAGGCGAUUACGAUGGUAGCAUCCCAGGUCAUGGGUAAUCACGUGGCUGUAACUGUUGGUGGCUCAAAUGGUCAUUUCGAAUUGAACGUUUUUAAACCUGUUAUGGUCGCUAAUGUGCUUCGCUCUAUACGUUUAUUAGCCGAUUCCAGUAAAUGUUUCACCCAAAAUUGUGUUGAUGGUAUCCAGGCAAACAGAGAAAAUAUUAAGAGGAUUAUGAACGAAAGUUUGAUGUUGGUAACAGCUUUAAAUCCCCAUGUAGGAUACGAUAAAGCCGCGGCUAUCGCGAAAUAUGCUCAUAAGGAGGGAUUGACUCUUAAGGAAUCUGCACUUAAAGCUGGAAUUACAGAAGAACAAUUUGAUCAAUGGGUUAGACCUGAAAACAUGUUAGGACCCAAUUGAAAUGGUUUCUCUAUUGAUCUAUAAUAUAUGAAAUAUAAGAUAAUAUAUUCUUCAAAGUAAUAAAUCGAAAUAAACGUUUUAUAAAUA